GUCAGUUUAGGCAGGAACGGAUCCCUUUUAUCUUCUAUUCAUUCAUUUUCAUCCCUAUGCAACUAUCUUCUUUUGCUAUUUCCAUUGCAAUUGCAAACAUUGCUCUUGUAUCAGCCGAUGCCUCUAACUAUUGGAAGGCAUUUACAUCUCAAAUUGAUCCCAAGAAUAUUACCGUGCCAUCUAUUCCUGCUACCACAAGUCUUAACCCUACUACAGAAUGUACUUAUUAUAACCCAGAUGAGAGUUUAAUUGUCAUUAAUGCUACGGAAUGGCCCAGUAUCUGGGAUGUAGCCACUUCCAACAACAUGGAUACAUCCCCCGAAUUUUUAGCUCUUUACGACUCGCUUGACUGGGCAAAUGCUCCCAACAUUUCUGUCCGUAAAUUAACCAGCGAUGGUGGUUUAGACUUUACCGGUUAUGAUUCUUCCGCUGAUCCAGAUUGUUGGUGGUCUGCCUCUGUUUGUGUUCAUCCCAAGUUGGCUGAUGUCAGUGCCGAUAUCAUCAACUGUCCUGAGCCUGAGACUUGGGGUCUUACCUAUGACGAUGGACCCAACUGUUCUCAUAAUGCUUUCUAUGACUAUCUUCAAGAAAAGAAGUUGACGGCCUCCAUGUUUUAUAUUGGUUCCAACGUUCUUGACUGGCCUUAUGGUGCUAUGCGUGGUGUUCUUGAUGGUCAUCAUAUCGCUUCUCAUACCUGGUCUCAUCAUUACACUACUACCUUGACCAACAAGGAAGUGCUCGCUGAAUUCUACUAUACCCAAAAGGCAAUUAAACUUGCUACUGGUUUAACUCCUCGUUACUGGCGUCCUCCCUAUGGUGAUAUCGAUGAUCGUGUUCGUUGGAUUGCUACUCAAUUAGGUCUUACUGCUGUUAUCUGGAACUUGGAUACUGAUGAUUGGGCUGCCGGUGUCACCACUACCAUUGAAGCUGUUAAACAAACUUAUGAUGAUUAUGUUGAGAUGGGUACCAACGGUACUUUUGCCACCUCUGGUAACAUUGUUUUGACUCACGAAAUUAACAACAACACCAUGGAUUUGGCUAUCGAUUAUUUACCCAAAAUUAUUUCUGCCUACAAGCAAGUGCUUGAUGUUGCUACUUGUUAUAACAUUUCUUACCCUUACUUUGAAGAUAUUGAAUGGACUAAUGUCUUAAAUGCUUCCACUGCUGCUGCUUCAUCUGUCGCAUCAUCCUCUGCUUCCGCCUCUGGAUCCUCUUCUGCUUCUGCUGCUGCAGGUACUGUUACUGCUGCUGGUGCUCAAAUCAAUCAGUCUGCUACAUCUGGUACUUCUCAACUCUUGCCCAGCGCUUUAUUCACUUUGGUGCUUGCUGCUGUCGCACUUUUGUAAAACGAAAAUCUCUAAAUUAUUUAAUAAAAAAUAAAACACUCAAAUAGAAUCUUGCAUGUUACACAAAUGAACAAGGGGGUUAACAAAUGGGCUUUGACCAAAUAUAAAUAUUUUGCCUAAAUAAAGAAACUGAGAUUAUCUUGUAAAAGGGUAUUAUCUUCCCCGGGG